UCGGGAUAAUCAGAGAAUCCUUCCUUCUUCAACGACGACGAUAAUGUCUUUAGCAGAGUCGGCGUCCGUCGUUGAUGGCGCUUUUCAAGACAUACCCAUAAUCGAUCUUUCCUGUGCAACAAGUCCGGACGAGAGUGAGAGGAAAGCACUUGCGCAUCAGAUACGCGAUGCAUGUAUGAAUGUAGGGUUUUUCUAUGUCAAAAACCACGGGAUACCACCGGAAUGCAUAGACAAUGUCCUUAAAGUCAACAAGGAGUACUUCAACCUUCCAACGGAGGAAAAGCUUAAGCUUAACCACAAAACCGUCGCCAACUUCAAAGGAUACACCCCAUUACUUGAUGCCAAUAUCGAACCUGGGAACAGAGGUGACCUGCACGAGGCGUUCCAAAUUGGUUGGGAGGAGCUCGAGGCAAAGGCCUAUGAUGAGAAGCGAGCAAAUGAUGGUGCCAUGGCGGGCGCUAAUGUUUGGCCCGAGCGUCCCGAAGAGUAUAGAGAAAGCAUGUUGAAGUACUACCACGCGGCAGUAGCUGUCGGAAAGAUACUUUUCCCACUUUUCGCACUGUCCUUGGAUUUACCAGAGAGAUAUUUUGACGACAAGACGAAGAACUCAGCUGCAAUUAUGAACACAUUACACUACCCUCCACAGACAGGCCCCGCAGAUGAUCGUAUCGUCGGUAUCGGGGCCCACACAGAUUUUGAGUGUUUCACGAUACUCUGGCAACAACCAGGAAUACAGGCGCUCCAGAUCCUGAACUCCCAGAAGGAGUGGAUCAAAGCCCCACCCAUUGACGGGACGCUGGUUAUCAACCUGGGUGAUCAAUUUGCUAGGUGGACAAAUGAUAUUUUCAAGUCCACGGUCCAUAGGGCUGUCAAUCGGAAUGGCGUAGACCGAUAUUCUAUUCCCCUAUUCUUCGGCACUGAUUACGAUGUUAACGUCGAGCCUAUUGCAAGUUGUGUAUCUGCCGAGCGACCCGCGAGGUAUGGACCCGUAUCAGCUGGGGAAUAUGUCAAUCAGCGCUUGAAGGAAAUGUAUUACUAGACAACCUAGACUUGAAAGUUAUAUCAAUGGUUUCAGUACUAA